AUGACGACCUCUGCCUUGCGUCGACAGGUGAAAAACAUUGUGCACAAUUAUUCUGAGGCAGAAAUCAAGGUGCGUGAGGCCACCUCCAAUGAUCCCUGGGGACCCCCCAGCUCUUUAAUGUCUGAGAUUGCUGACCUGACCUUCAACACAGUGGCUUUUGCCGAGGUCAUGGGUAUGAUCUGGAGACGGCUGAAUGACAGUGGCAAGAACUGGCGUCAUGUCUACAAGGCCCUGACUCUUCUAGACUACCUCAUUAAAACAGGCUCAGAGAAGGUGGCUCAUCAGUGCCGUGAGAAUCUGUAUACCAUUCAGACUUUAAAGGAGUUUCAGUACAUCGACCGUGAUGGCAAAGAUCAAGGCAUCAACGUUCGUGAAAAAGUGAAGCAGGUGAUGAGCUUGCUGAAGGAUGAAGAGAGGCUGAAGCAGGAGAGAACCUAUGCCUUGAAAACCAAAGAACGGAUGUCCAUUGAAGGUAUGGGCAUUAGCAGCAGCAACAGCAACAGCCACCAGCUGACCUAUGGACGGCGGGCAUCACAGUAUGGCGAUGACUACAGCAGAUCAAGAGGUUCUCCAUCCUCCUUUAAUUCUUCUUCAUCAUCUCCUCGGUUCAGCUCUGACCUGGAGCAGGCAAGGCCACAGACUACUGGUGAAGAGGAGCUCCAGCUCCAGCUUGCCCUGGCAAUGAGUCGAGAAGAAGCAGAAAAGCAGCCACUUCCUCCAGUCUCCAGCACAGAUGAAGAUGUGCAAUUACAGAUAGCGCUUACCCUGAGCAAACAAGAGCAUGAGAAGGAAGUUAGGGCAUGGAAAGGAGAAAAUUCAUUACUACAAAAGGCCCUGGAAGAAAGUAACCUGGGUGUUGAGGAAGUUGAAGAAGAUGAUAAGGCAAAGAAAACACAGUCUUCUGUGUUGGAGCUGGCAGACAUUUUUGGACCAGCACCAGUCACCUCUACCCAUACUUCUGCUGACCCAUGGGAUAUUCCAGGUGGGGGCACUGUUCGAUCUGUUGACACAGACUUCUCUCCUCCAGCUCUAUCCUUGUCCAGUUCUUGGGACCAUAAUAAUGCCAAAUCUUCUGUAGAAUCAACAGGAACAUCCUGGGGUCCUGCUGCAGACCCUUGGGUGCCAUUGCCUUCGGAAGAUCCUCUGACUCACUCUUCUGCCGGUCAAGCUUCUUCCAGCCCCUGGAAUCUUCCUCCUGUCUCUUCUGCCUCUGAUCCAUGGGGGAUAAAAUCAUUGCCUUCAGGUGUCUCAUCGUCAGACCCCUGGGGAGAACAGUCACCACCCACUCCACUCUCUGCCAAUGCCACUUCUGCCGCUGAUCCUUGGGGAGGUUCUGUUGAUAAUUCCUCUGCCCCUGACAAUAGUACAUUUGACUUAUUUGCAAAAUUACCUGAAUCUGUGGACCUACCAGAACAUGAAAGUUCUCAGGCUCCGUCAUCUGUGAAAGCCAAUAGCUCUGUAGAUGUGGAUCUAUUUGGUGACCUUAUUCCAAGCACCACGGAGAAUGGAAUUCAAAAUAAAGAUAUUUUUGACAUUGCAAAUUUAGGAGAUUCUUUACCUGAUUCAAAGGAGAAGAACAAAACACCAGAGACCUUUCUUGGCCCCAGUGCCUCUUCCUUGGUUAACUUGGACUCCUUGAUUACAGCCCCCCAGAACGUGAAGUCACGAAAUCCAUUUCUGGCAGGACUCAGUGCCCCUUCACCUACCAAUCCGUUUAAUGUUGAUCAGCCCAAACCAACUCUCAAUCAGAUGCGGACCAACUCCCCAGUGCCUAGUGUUCCCGUGGGGAUGCCAAUGAACUCUAUGACCUACAGUGCUUCUCUCCCUCUUCCACUCAGUAGCAUCCCCUCAACAAUGACUCUCCCAGCCUCUGUGAGUGCCUUCCCUCAGGCUGGAGCAGGGCCUUUCCCAGAGCUACCUAGCAACUUGCCUCAACCUCUCCUGCCACUCUCUGGCUCGAUCCCACCACCAUUAGCUUCGCAAAGCGGUAUGAAUCCUUUUCUCUGAGAAGACUUGAUCGGUGACGUGUGAUGUAUCCCUUACUUCUUUCCCAACUGUUAUGGAGGAUCUCCUGUGCAAAGCACAUUUGUUUUGAAGCAAGCAUCUCCCUGGAAGUUCUGAUCAAAGAGACUCAGCAUGACUCUCCUUGCUCGAUGAGAUACUGUACAAAAAAAACUAAAAACCCUCACUGUCACGCUGAACAUUGUCUAUAGUCUGCUGAUGGUGGCAGUUGGGACCUCAGCUGACAUUGUUUGGAUGGAUUAAAAAGGAGGUUGGAGGGCAGUUCUGCAGAAG